AUGGGUAACGCGGAUUAUAUGUACCAGACGAUGAACCACGUCGGUUGCACACACCGUGUGGAAAUCCCACCUUCACAACCCUUCUUCAAAUCAUUCAAAGGCUCCCUCAAAGAAACUUUCUUCCCUGACGACCCACUUCGCCAGUUCAAGAACCAACCAACAGCAAGAAAAUUUGUCUUAGCUUUACAAUACUUUUUACCCAUUUUAGAAUGGGCUCCUCGUUAUACUUUCCAGUUCUUCAAAGCUGACCUUAUUGCUGGAAUCACAAUUGCAAGCCUUGCAAUCCCUCAAGGCAUCAGUUAUGCCAAACUAGCAAAUCUCCCUCCCAUCCUUGGCCUAUAUUCAAGCUUUGUUCCACCUUUGGUGUAUGCAAUGAUGGGUAGUUCCAGAGAUUUAGCUGUAGGAACUGUGGCUGUUGCUUCAUUGUUAACGGCUUCGAUGUUGGGAAGAGAAGUGAAUGCUCUUGAGCAACCAAAGCUGUAUCUUCACUUAGCUUUCACUGCUACAUUCUUUGCUGGAGUUUUCCAAGCUGCUUUGGGAUUCUUAAGACUUGGGUUUAUUGUGGAUUUUCUGUCACAUUCAACAAUAGUGGGGUUCAUGGCUGGAGCAGCUACAGUUGUUUGUCUGCAACAGUUGAAAGGAAUUCUGGGUUUGGAACACUUCACUCAUGGCACUGAUCUUGUCUCUGUUAUGCGUUCCAUCUUCACCCAAAUUCAUCAGUGGAGAUGGGAGAGUGGUGUAUUGGGUUGUGUCUUCCUCUUCUUUCUCAUUCUAACCAAAUACUUUAGUAAGAGACGACCAAAGUUCUUCUGGAUAUCAGCCAUGGCACCGUUGACUUCUGUGAUUCUUGGAAGUCUCCUUGUGUAUCUCACCCAUGCUGAGAAACACGGCAUUCAAGUGAUUGGACACUUGAAGAAAGGCCUGAAUCCUCCAUCUUUGACUAGUUUGGAAUUGGGGUCAGAGUAUCUGAUGCUUGCCCUUAAAACAGGAAUCAUCACUGGUGUCAUCGCUCUUGCUGAAGGGAUCGCUGUGGGGAGGAGUUUUUCCAUGUUUAAGAACUAUCAUAUCGACGGCAACAAAGAGAUGAUCGCCUUUGGAAUGAUGAACAUCGCUGGCUCUUUCACUUCUUGCUACUUGACCACAGGUCCAUUUUCGCGAUCGGCGGUGAACUUCAAUGCAGGAUGCAAGACUGCAGUCUCAAACAUUGUGAUGGCAACUGCAGUGAUGAUAACAUUGUUGUUCUUAACACCAUUGUUUCACUACACUCCCAUUGUCGUGCUCGCUUCCAUAAUCAUCGCUGCGAUGCUCGGUUUGAUUGAUUACGAAGCCGCUAUCCAUCUUUGGAAGGUCGACAAGUUCGACUUCGUUGUGUGUAUGAGUGCGUAUAUCGGUGUGGUCUUCGGCAGUGUCGAGAUCGGCUUAAUCAUAGCGGUUGCAAUAUCUAUGCUUAGGGUGCUACUGUUCAUAGCAAGGCCAAGAACCUUAGUCCUUGGCAACAUCCCAAACUCCAUGAUAUACCGAAACAUCAAUCAAUACCCAGUUGCUAACAGUGUUCCAGGAGUUUUUAUACUUCAAAUCGACGCUCCUAUCUACUUCGCUAACUCAAGCUACUUGAGAGAGAGGAUCUCAAGAUGGAUAGAUGAGGAAGAAGACAGGCUAAAAGCAUCAGGAGAGAACAGUUUACAGUAUGUCAUACUAGACAUGGGCCCCGUUGGUAGCAUUGACACAAGUGGGAUUAGUAUGCUUGAAGAAGUUAAGAAGACCAUGGACAGAAGGGGACUUAAGAUAGUGUUGGCUAACCCUGGAAGUGAAGUGAUGAAGAAGCUAGACAAGUCCAAGUUUUUAGAGAACUUAGGUCAGGAGUGGAUCUAUUUAACAGUGGGAGAGGCUGUGGGAGCUUGUAACUUUAUGCUUCAUACCUGCAAGUCAGGCCCUGUGACACUCGAAACAGCCCAUGUUAAUAAUGUCUGAUUAGCCAAUGCUAAUUUAGAGUUGGGUCUUACUAUGUCCACUUGGCAAGCAAAAUCAGCAAAGCCAACCAAUGA